UCACCACGUCACACAGGGCGUGACGCUGCUCGACGCUGCUGCUGCUGCUGCGCCGCAUCACUCUCUCACUGUACGUGACGUCAAACCAGCAUGGCGGUCAAGGUGCAAUCUACCAAACGCGGGGACCCAAGUGAGCUGAAAUCAAUCUUCCAGAAGUAUGCCAGUGUAGCGGACAAAGAUGGAGAGAGGUUCAUGACCCCAGGAGACUUUGUCCAGAGGUAUCUAGGACUACACACGCAGAUCCACCACAACCCCAAAACUGUACAGCUCAUCGCUGCUGUCGCAGACACUACAAAGGACGGGCUGAUCUCGUUCCAGGAGUUUCUUGCAUUUGAAUCGGUGUUGUGUGCGCCCGACACCCUCUUCAUAGUAGCCUUCCAGCUAUUCGACAAGACCGGAACCGGGAACAUUUCCUUUGAGAAUGUGCGGGACAUCUUCAGCCAGACCACAGUGCACCACCACAUCCCCUUCAACUGGGAGUGCGAAUUCAUCCGUCUGCACUUUGGACACGACCGCAAGAAAAACAUCAGCUACCUCGAGUUCACCCAGUUCCUGCAGGAGCUGCAGUUGGAGCAUGCACGCCAGGCGUUCGCCCAGAAGGACAAAGAGAAGAAUGGCGUCAUCUCCGCCAUGGACUUCAGUGACAUUAUGGCCACCAUCAGACACCACGUGCUCACACCCUUUGUGGAGGAGAACCUCGUCUCUGCUGCAGGUGGCAGCACCUCUCACCUGGUCAGCUUCUCUUACUUCAAUGCCUUCAACUCCCUCCUGAACAACAUGGAGCUGAUUCGCAAGAUCUACAGCACACUGGCCGGCACGCGGAAGGACACACUCGUGACCAAAGAGGAGUUUGUUCACGCUGCCAACAAGUUUGGUCAGAUCACUCCCAUGGAAAUUGACAUCCUUUACCAGCUGUCAGGCCUGUUCUCCUCCUCUGGGCGCCUGAAUUUUGCUGACAUCGAGAGGAUAGCUCCUUUAGAGGAAGGAUGUCUGCCCCACCACCUGGCUGAAACCCAAAAACAGGCCCUCGGGGACUCCUCCAGGCCUGUGUAUCUCCAGGUUGCAGAGUCGGCCUACAGGUUCACCCUGGGCGCCAUCGCUGGUGCUACGGGAGCGACGGCCGUGUAUCCCAUCGACUUGGUGAAGACUCGUAUGCAGAACCAGAGGUCCACAGGAUCCUUUGUUGGAGAGCUGAUGUACAAGAACAGCUUUGACUGCGCUAAGAAGGUGCUUCGCUACGAGGGCUUCUUCGGCUUCUAUAGAGGUCUGGUCCCUCAGCUUAUAGGUGUAGCACCUGAGAAGGCCAUCAAACUCACAGUGAAUGACCUUGUAAGAGACAAGUUCACCGGCAAGGACAACACAAUUCCUUUUUUUGCAGAGGUCUUGGCUGGUGGUUGUGCUGGAGGCUCUCAGGUGAUCUUUACCAACCCUCUGGAGAUUGUGAAGAUUCGCCUGCAGGUGGCAGGUGAGAUCACCACUGGACCUCGAGUCAGCGCAGUCAAUGUGGUUCGUGACCUGGGCUUCUUCGGCCUCUACAAGGGUGCUAAAGCGUGUUUUCUGAGAGACAUCCCCUUCUCUGCCAUCUAUUUCCCGGCGUACGCUCACCUCAAGACCCAGUUUGCUGACGAGCAAGGCAGGCUGGGAGCCCUGCAGCUUCUCGCUGCUGGAGCGAUUGCAGGUAUCCCUGCAGCCUCCCUCGUGACGCCUGCUGACGUCAUCAAAACACGUCUGCAAGUCGCAGCAAGGGCGGGACAGACCACGUACACCGGAGUCAUCGACUGCUUCAGGAAGAUCAUGCAAGAGGAAGGGUUCAGGGCUUUGUGGAAGGGAGCUGGAGCUCGUAUGUGCCGAUCUUCUCCUCAGUUUGGUGUGACUCUGGUGACUUAUGAGCUUUUGCAGCGGUGGUUCUACGUCGACUUUGGAGGACAUCGUCCGACAGGAUCUGAUCCGACACCCAAGUCUCGCAUCUCAGAGCUUCCUCCCAUUAACGCCGACCACGUCGGAGGCUAUCGCCUGGCAGCAGCCACCUUUGCCGGGGUGGAGAACAAGUUUGGCCUCCACCUUCCCAAAUUCAAGUCCUCCGGCGUGGUUUCCAUACAUCACCCAGAGCCAGCCGCCGCCGCCGCCGCCACGCCGGCUCAGGCCCCGUAGAGGUUCUGAAUCUCCAUAUCACUCUGCCAUCCCUCUCCUCCUCUACCAGGAGCCAGACACUUCGAUUAGAUACACAAAUAAAACACGCACACAGUUGAAACACACUCCACAACAACCAAGGUGAAGGUGUGCUCCGCUGGCAACCCAGCCAGAGGAGAGCUGGCUUACAGCUGUGGACCGGGACCGGAGUGCUGACUGCGUCGUAUCAUCAGUGGCUGCACGCUCAUAGCAUCUCCAUCAUUUGUGUUCUUCUCUCCAGCAUUCGUAUUAAACGGAGCCUUGGGCACUCCUCUCUCUAUUUCUCUCUCUCAUGAGUAGCUGAUUUGAUUUUUAUUCUGUUUUCCGUCUGAUACUCAGUGCGAGUAGGACUUCUCUUAUUGGACAGCGGGCAUAGAAACUAUUAGAUUGGUCAGCACGGUGUGUGGGGCUUCACUCUCGGUUGGUCCUCCCACAGGAGGCUACGUACUGUACAUAUUGUAUAACUGUGCUGAGGCGGCAUAUUGACGGGAAGGAAAAGUGUUACUAAGCUCCGUAACCUCCAGUCGGCAUCAUUAUAUACAGUAACUGUAAUGUUAUGGCAAUGUGGGGCCUUUUGGUCUUCGAGAAUCACUCUAACUGAUGUACAGAACUUUUCAAUUAUGUGUUUUCUUGAUUAAAAACAAGAAUCAUGAGAAGAGAAUUAGAUAUUAAUAAAUUAAAUGUAUCUCAAUUCAGUCAUUGUAUUUUAUUGAAAUAAAUCAUCCAUAUGGUUUUAAUUUUA